AGGACUAGUACUCCGGGCCCUUAAUCUAAAUCUUCAAUGCAAAUGUGCUCGUGUCUACGGUGUCCCUCCCCGGUCUCUCUAUAAUCUCAUCAGGGCAGAUAUGCAGAUUUGUAUCAGUUCCAUGGAAAUCAACCACGAAAAGCUGAUGGACGGUCUUGAACCGUUUUCGUGGGCGUCUUUUAGUGAACACCGUUUCUCACUUACAGUUACCGAAAAGUAUUCCUCGGUACACGGCUAGCCCAGACCCUCCUUUUGCUACUCUGUUUAGUCUGCAUAUGAUGAAAGAGACGGAAUCUACGGAAAAGCAUGGCGGGACUCGGCGUUUGUUUUGCUUCGAGUGAAUUGCUAUGAUUCGUUGGGGAACAAUAUUUGAUCCAUGAUGAUUAGGCUCUUCAAGAAUCGUCAGGCGUUCUUAAAAGCAAUCAAAGUCCCAGGUGCGGAUGCGUAUCGUGAGCAGCAUGUAUGGAGCAAUGAAGAUCUUGACCCAACGCCGUUUUCAGAGCGGAACUGGCGUUGGUAUCAUUAUGUCGCAUUGUGGUGGGGCAGCUCUUUCAAUCCUAACGACUGGUCUACCGGCUCUUCUCUCCUUUCGAUUGGCCUUACUUUCGGUAAUGCCAUGGGCGCUGUUGCCAUAGGCGCACUCUUGAGUUCUGUUGCUAUCGUUUUUGCUUCACGUCCAGGAUCAGAAUAUCAUAUCGGGUACCCAGUCACUAUCCGUGCUUCCAUGGGCAUGUACGCCAGCUACUUUUUCGUUGCUCUUCGUUCGCUCAUAGCUAUCGUCUACUAUGGCAUCCAGGCUUAUUACGCCGGAAACCUCGUUAGCGUAAUGCUCCGGUGCAUGUUUGGCCACAAGUGGACUGAUCUCACACCUUUCCCGAUUUCGGCCAACAUUACCUCCCAAGCAUUUGCGGGCUUCAUGAUCUUCUAUGUUAUCACCUUCCCACUGAUGUUCAUUCAUCCGAGAUCUAUUCAUACCUUGUUUUUCUGGAAAGCAAUCAUCGUACCACCAUGUGCAAUUGCGCUGAGUGCCUGGGCAAUAACUCAAGCAGGUGGCAUAUCCAAAUUCUCAUUGGGUACCAGCGGUGUAACCGGUAGCCAGCUUGGGUGGGCAUGGCUGGAUGGUAUCAACAUCAUCUUGAGUGGCAUUUCACCAAUGAUUGUUUCACAGCCUGACAUAACUCGGUAUGCUCGAAGUCCCUCCGACGCCAGUUAUCCUCAAGCAUUUGCCAAUAUGUUAGUGAAGAUGUUGAUCUAUUUUUUGGCCAUCUGUACUGCAGCUUCACUCCAGGUUAUCUAUGGCGGGGCACCGACCUGGAAUUUAUGGGAUCAACUGAACCUUGUACUGAAUCACAAUUGGAGUGCUGGAUCUCGUACACUAGUAUUCCUUGUGGCAUUUGCAUUUGCCGGGGCCACUGCUCUCACAAAUAUAAGUGCAAAUUCAAUCCCCUUCGCAGCGGAUAUCACAGGGCUCUUCCCCCGUUGGAUGACUAUUCGUAGAGGGCAGGUAUUAUGCUCGCUGUUGGGUUUGGCAAUAACACCUUGGAAUUUUCUGCAGAAUGCUAGACAGUUCCUCACAUUCCUUGGGAGUUAUAACAUGUUCAUGGGCGCCCUUCUCGCUAUCAUUUGGGCUGACUAUUUCCUUGUACGGAAGGGUAAUAUUCACAUUCCGUCACUGUAUACAAGUGAUCCUAAGGCUCCAUAUUGGUACUGGCAUGGAAUCAAUUGGAGAGGUAUCCUUGCUUGGAUAUGUGGGUCAUUUAUUCCAUUCCCUGGAUUAGUUGGAAGCUAUGAUGUAAAUUCAGUUGACAAGAGCACCAUUCGGAUGUUUCAAAAUGGAUGGAUCAUUUCUAUUUCAAUCAGUUUUGUGGUGUACUACAUCCUUGCGUUACUGUUUCCUGUACCUAUCUAUCCCCCAGCUCAUUCCGAAGAGUGUAUCACCAGGGGAUAUCUCUCCAAGCAAGAUUUCCCUGGUGUCUUUCCGGAUGAAACUUGGCGCCCUUCGUUUUCAACACAAUCUAAAGAUGAUUUAGAUAAUAGUAUAACAGUGUCGAUUGGAUUAGAUGAGACGGAGUCGAAGAAGGAUACUUGACCAUCGCUGAUGUACAUGUUAUAUCAAUCAAGUUAGCAUGAAAUGCAUUGGAUCCAUUAUGCAACGCACGCUCGAAUAAUCCAUCGAGAACUUGCCGGAAUGCACCGAACAGUUGAUGAAGACCUCGGGGGCCCCUACUGAACCCCGUCCAAAAUAAUGUCAAUUUCCGACCAAAUCCAGCCCAAACCUGGUCCAGAAGAUAGUUUCACUUAGUCAAGGUGGUGCCAGUGUCGAACCGAAACUAACUCAAUGCGUGUAGCACGGACCCGUGCCAGUUCAUCCUUUCUUUUCCAAGUUAGGGGACAUUAGAUAGA